CAGAGUGUGUGUGUGUGUGUGUGUGUGUAGUGUAUAAAUGGAUGAAUUGUAGGGUUUAAGGAUUGAAAGAAGGCGUUUAAGGCACCUCAUGUUAAAUGUUAAUGAAGGUGGUCCGCUGUUGCCUGGCUACCGACAGGGACCGUAUCAUCACGUCCCAACCAGACGAGUCUCUCUCUCUCUCUCUCUCUCUCUUACUCUUUCUCCAUACACUUAUAUAUCAGGCUAGCCUCUUCCACAUACACACACACACCUUUUCUCCUGUUUUUGCGUAUUGUCUUCAUCAGUUUGUUGGUUUGUGUGUGUGUGUGUGUGUGUUUGUGUGAGAGGCUGAGUGUGUGAGUGUGUGCUGAGACAUGGAGACACUCAGCUGGUUUUGCAGGACAGAAGACGGCAUGAAGGUAAAGAUGUCUCAGGUGAAGCAGGUGGGACUGCUAGCUGCAGGAUGCCAGCCCUGGAAUAAAGAUGUGUGUGCGGCAAGUGGAGACAGGUUCGCUUACUGCGCUACGCUCGCUAUAUACGUCUACCAGCUGGACCACAGAUACAACGAGUUCAAGCUGCGUGCCAUCAUGUCCGAGCACAAGAAGACCAUCACGGCCAUCUCAUGGUGUCCACACAACCCUGAGGUGUUCGCCAGCGCCAGUGCAGAUAACCUGCUGAUCAUCUGGAACGUGGCCGAGCAGAAGGCAGUCGCUCGCCUCGACAACACUAAAGGAAUCCCCGCUUCGAUAAGCUGGUGCUGGAAUACGAGCGAUAGCGUAGCGUUCGUCUCACACCGCGGCCCGCUGUAUGUGUGGGUCAUUUCCGGGCCGGACUCUGGUGUCACUGUACACAAAGAGGCUCACAGUUUCUUGUCAGAUAUUUGUCUGUUUCGCUGGCAUCCUGUGAAAAAGGGCAAAGUGGUGUUUGGACACACAGACGGGAGUCUGUCCAUCUUUCAGCCAGGUUCGAAGAAUCAGAAGCAUGUCCUGCGUCCGGAGUCUCUGGAAGGAACGGAUGAGGAGGAUCCAGUCACUGCGUUGGAGUGGGAUCCUCUGAGUACUGACUACCUGCUGGUGGCUAACAUGCACAAUGGCAUCAGGCUGCUGGACUCGGACUCUCUGUCGUGUGUGACGGCGUUCAGUUUACCGAGCGCUGCUGCAUCUGUACAGUGCCUGGCAUGGGUACCUACUGCCCCGGGGAUGUUCAUUACAGGAGACUCCCAGGUUGGAGUGUUGAGAGUGUGGAACGUAUCGAGGACGACGCCGCUGGACAAUUUCAAACUGAAGAAGACCGGAUUCCACGCUCUCCACGUCUUAAACUCUCCACCAGCAAAGAAAGCUAGCUCAGCUUCCCCAUCCAAGAACCACUACACAUCAUCUACGAGUGAGGCGGUUCCUCCUCCGACUCUGUCACAGAACCAGGCGUUCUCUCUGCCCCCUGGACAUGCCGUCUGCUGCUUCAUGGACGGAGGAGUCGGCCUUUAUGACAUGGGGGCAAAGAAGUGGGACUUCCUCCGAGAUCUGGGUCAUGUAGAAACCAUAUUUGACUGUAAGUUUAAGCCGGACGACCCGAACCUGCUCGCUACGGCCUCCUUUGAUGGGACAAUCAAAGUGUGGGACAUUAACACUUUAACAGCGGUGUACACGUCUCCUGGCAAUGAAGGAGUCAUUUACUCCCUCUCCUGGGCUCCAGGUGACCUGAACUGCAUAGCAGGAGCCACGUCCAGGAACGGAGCUUUCAUCUGGGACGUAAAAAAGGGCAAAAUGAUCACGAGAUUUAAUGAGCAUGGAAAGAAUGGUAUCUUCUGCAUCGCAUGGAGCCACAAAGAUUCCAAACGUAUCGCCACCUGCAGUGGAGACGGGUUCUGUAUCAUCAGAACCAUCGAUGGUAAAGUGCUGCAUAAAUAUAAGCACCCUGCAGCCGUGUUUGGGUGUGACUGGAGUCAGAAUAACAAAGACAUGAUUGCGACCGGAUGUGAGGAUAAAAACGUCAGAGUUUAUUACUUGGCCACGAGCUCAGAUCAGCCACUAAAGGUUUUUACCGGACACACAGCCAAAGUGUUUCACGUACGUUGGUCUCCUCUCAGAGAGGGCAUCCUGUGCAGCGGCUCAGACGACGGGACGGUGCGUAUUUGGGACUACACGCAGGAUGCCUGCAUUAACGUUCUGAGUGGACACACCGCUCCAGUGCGUGGUCUGAUGUGGAACUCUGAGGUACCGUACCUGCUAACCUCGGGCAGUUGGGACUACACCAUCCGCGUGUGGGACACCAGGGACGGCACCUGUCUGGACACCGUCUAUGACCACGGAGCCGAUGUCUAUGGUCUGACGUGCCACCCGAGUCGCCCGUUCACCAUGGCGUCCUGCUCCAGGGACUCGACUGUGCGUCUGUGGUCGCUCACUCCUCUCAUUGCCCCGCUUCUAAUCAACAUCCUGACCGAACACAGCUGGGACGACAUCAUCGGAAACACGGAUCGGGCGAUGGUUCCCGGAGCUCCCCCGCUCCUCUGUGGUAAAGUGUCCAGAGACAUCAAGCAAGAACUCGACAAACUUUCCAGCGAUGUGCGAACAAAGAAACUGCGCUGGUUCUCUGAAUGCUUCUCGCCUCCUGGAGGGAGCCAUAACCUGUGGGACCUGGUGGCUGUGAUUAAGGGGCAAGACGACAGUUUACUGCCACAGAACUAUGGUCAGGGCAUCAUGCACAUGAAACACCUCGUCCGCUUCAAAACGUCAGAGGCCCAGGAGCUGACUAUAGUGAAGAUGUCGAAGUUUGGUGGAGGGAUUGGAGCUCCCAGUAAAGAGGAAAGACUGAAAGCUGCAGCAGAAAUCCAUCUGAGACUGGGACAGAUCCAGAGAUACUGUGAACUCAUGGUGGAGCUGGGAGAGUGGGAGAAGGCGUUAUCCGUGGCUCCUGGAGUCUCCAUGAAAUACUGGAAGAAGCUAAUGCAAAGGAGAGCAGAUCAGCUGAUGCAGGAAGGCAACGAUGACGUGAUCCCAUACUGCAUUGCCACAGGAGACGUGAAAAAGCUGGUGAGUUUCUUCACCUCCAGAGGGCAGUUAAAGGAGGCGCUGCUUGUGGCACAGGGAGCAUGUGAAGGGAAUAUUCACGGGCCUGCGAUUACCUCCAUCAACCAUUCAGCGUCCACAGACAACGACAACAUUGAGAUCUACACUGGGUUGUUGCAUGGAGUGUGUAGAGAGCUUGCUGAGUGGUAUUUUCAGGAGGGUUGUGCCGUACUGGCAGCCUGCUGUCACCUGGCUGUAGAUAACACAGAGUUGGCUAUGGCCAGUCUGAUCAGAGGCAAUGAGCUGGAGCUGGCGGUGUGUGUGGGGACGGUGCUGGGAGAAUCAGCACAAGAAGCUACUCAUUACGUCCUGGAACUCCUGGCUAGGAAAUACAUGACCACAGCCACAUGCUUUCCAUGCGUCAGAUACAGGGACCUGGCUGCCAGGCUCCUGCAGAUGAUCCCAGAUAACAAGACUCUCUUAGCUAAGCUGUGUGCUUUUUACCCGGGCAGCUCAGCCGAGCGAAACGACCUCCGUGACAAGAGUUUAUGUUCUGUGUCUCUUCAGUGUGGUUUGCCGAGUUUGGAGGAGUGUAAGGAUCUGGCGGAGGAAGCCUACAGUCAGGGAGAAAUCUUACAGGCAGUGAAGUACCAGCUGCUCAGCCCUGAACCUGAGAAGGCUCUCCCAAUCGGCAUUGCAUUCAUCAAAGAGCAGUUGAGCUGUCCAGACUGGACCGUGGACUCGGUUUAUCCCAUCCUCGACCUGCUGAGCUACAUCAGGACGGACCGGCUCGUUCUGACCAAGUGCAGUGAGGAGCGUAAUGAGCUACUCAUUCUCUGUGGAUAUAUCGGAGCAUUAUUGGCUAUAGGAAGGCAAUACUCCAGCAUCGUCCCAGCACUGUAUGAAUACACAAGUCAGUUGUUAAAGAGGAGAGAAGUCGAUUUACCGCUGCAGAUUGAACAGCUGUCAGUGGAGCUGGAGGCCUGGAGAGCCUGUACACACUCUCUUAACAAAGGAGCAGAGGAGAUGCCGUACACUCCUCCAACAGAGGCUCAGAGAGCAGAAUACACACUCCUCCUGAGCCGAAUGAGGGCGGAGCUUCUGAAAGGUCUGCAGGGGCCGGACUAUGUCACAGGCUCCAGCUUACCCAGCCACUCGGACGUCCAGGUCUCCUGCUUUACUGGCCUCAGGAUACAGGGUCCCGUGUUCUUCCUGGAGGACGGCAAGUCGUCCAUUUCGCUCAACGAUGCAUUGAUGUGGGCCAAGGUGAAUCCGUUCUCUCCACUGGGGACAGGGAUACGCCUUAAUCCCUUCUGAACACACACACACACACUCAUCUCAUCAUCAUACACAUGUAGAGACAGUAUUACAGUCCCAUCAUGGACAGAGACACAAGGCCACAAUCUUGGGAAGUGGACGUGAAGCCAGGCUGGUCUUCAUGCUUGCGGUUUGUGUUCAGAGGCAUGAGAACACAUUUAUCAGUAUUUUACCAUCGCCAUCACGUCAGAUGGAAUCAGGAUCACAGCUGAAGGACAUCAUUGUGGUCUGUUUUUUUUUUCAGUUUGGAUUUUUGAUUGUAUUAAUUCCAGAUCAUGAAACAGAUCUUAUCUGGAAUUAUCUCGUAUCCUUGGAGGAGGAGGAGGAGGAGGAAGUGAUGAUCUUCAGCAGUACUUUUAUAGUUUUUAUUUCUCUUCUGGUUUUAUUGCUUUAGUGCUAAACUGCGGUACUUUUGUCUGAGUGUUGAGAUCCACAACAUAAUUACAUCCCUUUAUUUAUUUAGAUAUAUUUAUUAUGUAGAAACAGCAGUUUAAAUACAAAACUGCAUCAAUCAUUAAUCAGGAUUGAUCCGUCAUGAAGUUAGACUAUGGUACUAGCUGCUGUGUAACAGUCAAUCAGCUAAUUAGCGGCACGCGUAGCUACAACCUGACACUAAUCUCACAUCUAGCUGAAUGUUGCAGCGCAAUUUAUUCCUACACAAUCACUGAAACGCGACAUGUCUGAAUCUCUUUGCUGCUUAAAGCCAUUUCUCACAGAGAACUGUAACUCCUGCUCAGAUAAAAUUAACAGCUAUCCAGAUGUUUAUUAGCACGUAAGAAAAGGUAUAAAACAUAGAAAACAUAACAUUAGAACUAACACUCAUUAGUGAACUAGAACACUCAUUAGAACUAAAAAAACCAACAAGCUUUAACAUGUGGUGAGUUUCAGACAGCACACUGUACCAUGGAUUUAUGACGCUGCUUUCUAUUCAGGGAUUUUGGUUUUGAAUUUUUUAUUUGAUUUUUAAUAAGUUCAAGCUGUGUUCCAUAUGUUCCCUGUGUUUGUUUGCUUGUUUUAGGGGUCCAAGCACUUAGUUUGUAUUGGGAAUAUAAAAUCGUGUCAAAAGCAUGUCGGAAAUGAGACGAGUCAAUCCUCAAGUGUUUGCAAAAAGGAGCUUUAAACUUGCUUCCUUUAUUCAUCCAAUGUUUGAGUUUGAUGAGAUUUAAAACUUAAAUUAUGUAACCAUUUAUUUAUUUGUUUGUUUGUUUGUUUGUUUGUUUGUUUGUUUGUUUGUUUGUUUAAUGAAUUAAUGAAUGAAUUUAUUUAUUUUGGCUUAAGAACUGAACUGUGGUAAAUUCGAACCAUAUCUAUGGAUGCAUUUGGUUUAGGAUUUAAUUAGAAUUUUUGUAUGAGUCUUUAGUAAAAUUAAGUUAAUUAAUUAAUUGAAUAAUUUGGCUAUAAUGCAACAUUUAGACAAGCCUGAUCUUGAUCUGGUCUAACUUUCCUGCUACAUCAAUAUCUGUUCUUAUCAGAUCUGAUAUCUGACGUAUGCUGUCAUGCUAACAAACAGACUGAAGCGAUCUGGACUUCCUACAUGACUAAUGAUCAGAGUAAAGCAGACUGUACACUGUGAUCAGGGGAAAAGAAUAUCACUAGAAGGAACUUCGGCAUCAUCCUGUAAUGCAGGUAACCUGAUCAAACAUCUUCAGCAUCUCACUAGCAGCGUACAGCAUUUUGAUUAGCUCUAUUUAUUGUGUAGUGAAUUUUUUCUACUUUCUUGAUUUUCCUUGCUCUGAUGUGUCAGCUUAAAUUUACAGAGGCAGUCAUAAAGGAACAACAAAUCAACAUCACCAACUAGUUUAUAAAAAAACUCAAUGCUAGGUCAAAAUAGACCAAAAUAGACCAACUUUCAGUCAUAAACGACAAUGAAAACACAAAAUAAACUUUACUUACAGCUGUACAGAAGUGAUAACUAACAUAGCAGACGGGUCUGGGGCAGAUCUGGCAUUAAGCCGGCACUGCUGGCUGAGUGCUGGCAUGGCAAGGGGUAUGUCAACCAGAGGAGGACCAGGUCUGGCAGUGAUGGCACUGUUUAUAUGAUGGCAUUCCAGAUCUGGUCUGACCAUGCCAGAUGUGGCCCAGGUCUGACCAUGCCAGAUGUGGCCCGGUUAUGGACAGAUCAGAGCCAGAAGUAUGGCUCAGUGCUGUCCCUGUUCUGGGCCAACAGUUUGGCCCAGUGCUGGCCUUGUGCUGGCCUAUGCGUGGCCCAACUCUGGCAAACCAGAUAUGGGCCACCAAUGGGCCAUCAUUCCUUGUGGUAUGUGGACCAAGUGUGAGUGCAUUGUGUGGGCCAGAUCUGACCACACCUAUUUUGCUAUAUAGCUAGCUAGUGCACUUCAUUUAAAAUCCACAUGCUAAUGUGAUUAAACCGUGGGCUGAGCUAAAUGACUUUUAAUGACAUUUCUGACUGAUUCAUUGUAAUUAUUUUACAUAGUUUUUGGUCUGAAAAAAAAAUGACAACACUUUGACACUUUGCUGGUUACUCAAGCUAUCUAGCUAGCAUUACAUAAGAGUAGGAGAUAUUUUCUUUCAGUUCCUUCAGUGGAAGAGCGUAAACUUUAAGGGAAAAAAUGCUGUAGAAAUCACCACAAAUUGUGCAAAUAAUUCAGUAUUUUAAUUUGUAGUGACUCUACAGUCAUCUGGUAUUAAAUUCUUGUUUACUUAAUCCAUUCUGGAAAAGUGUCUAGUAAUAAAAAUAAGGAACUGCAAAAUACACACAAAGCGGUGCUUGGACCCCGACAAUCGCUGCCUGCUGUUUUAUUAGCUAUUAUUUCGGUGGUUUGUUGCAAACCAGAACUGUUUCACACAGGAUAUGAGAUCGAAGCGAAAGAUAUGAAGACGUUUGGAAUAUUUUUCGCUGAUAGUCGAGUGUCUAGAUUGUGUGCCUUAAAUUAGCAAACAGCGCUAACGUCUGUAUUAGCAUGGUGUGCUACCUUAGACAACAUGAUUAUCAGACAUCAGAUUAAAAAAAAAACGUUAAAAGUGUAUCAUACGGUUUUGCUUGUAAAGAAAUAUUUCUGAAUGGUUUCGUUUUGCGAGCGUGUGAAGAGCGAUUCGUUUAACAGCGAGACGAUUUCUUUAACGGUUUGUAGCCGUGAGAAUCAUUUUCAACAGAUUGCACUGUGAACUGUAUUUAUCCAUGUAUUUAUUUAUUUGUUUAUUUAUUUGUAUAUACUCUCUUUUUGUUGUACGAUUCCACAGCCGAUCAGGGUGUAGCCAUAGAAAUAGAGUAGAAAUAGACGAUACUUAUGUUUGAAGAAGAAAAUGAUGUUUCUCAUUAUAGUGAUCUAUUUAUUCUUUAUAAUGCUGUUAGGGGUAAAAUGUACCACAUGGAAGAAACAGAGACAGAAGGAAAGAACUAGGCAGCAUUUGUGAUCAUAAAGUUUUAAAGAUUCUUAUUAAAAUGAUGAAGCACCCAAAUUGCUCUCUUUUCUUUCUUUUUCUUUUUUUUUAUAAAGUUGAUCAAUUGUCAUUCGUGAUUAAUUCAAAUUUAAUAUAAAUAUAUAUCAUAAUAAUUGUUAUUUAUU